GCUGAGUUUCCGCUGCAUACAUGUCCAAUUAGCUUCGUUGAGCUAGCUAUUCAGGGACAUCUCUGGCGACCGACUGCUGUGACCGUGCCAGACAAGGAUCGGAGCUUAGUGCAAUCACCAUGACGACAGAAAUCUCCACCUCCAUAAACAUCAAGGAGUCUCGAUGGGACCAAGGGACGUUUAUGGGCCGGGCCAAACACUUCUUCACUGUUACCGACCCCCGCAACGUCCUGCUCACUAACGAACAACUAGAGAAUGCACACAAAGUCAUCAGUGACUACCGGCAAGGGGUGAUGUCCCCCGGGCUGACAGAGGACGAGCUAUGGAGAGCCAAGUACAUCUUUGACUCAGCCUUCCACCCAGACACUGGAGAGAAGAUGAUCCUGAUUGGCCGCAUGUCGGCUCAGGUCCCCAUGAACAUGACCAUCACUGGCUGUAUGAUGACCUUCUACAAGACAACUCCAGCUGUAGUCUUAUGGCAGUGGAUCAAUCAGUCCUUCAAUGCAAUAGUCAACUACACCAAUAGGAGUGGAGAUGCUCCUCUCUCAGUUAAUCAGCUUGGCACAGCCUAUGUAUCAGCUACCACAGGGGCAGUAGCCACGGCUCUCGGACUAAAUGCACUAACAAAGCACAUAUCUCCCCUCGUAGGGAGGUUAGUUCCCUUCGCUGCUGUUGCUGCUGCGAACUGCAUCAACAUCCCUCUCAUGAGGCAACG